CCAUAACUUGCAUAUCUUACCUUAACACACUUCAGGGUUCUUCUAUUCAUCCCUCCCACUAAAAUCUAGAAAGAGAAAGAUGAGCUCUCAAAUCUGCAGAUCUGCUUCCAGAGCAGCUAGGUCUCUUCUUUCCUCGGCUAAGAAUGCUCGUUGCCUCGUUUGUUCUCCGGACGAGCAAUUGGUGCAGCAGCAUAGGGAAAGAUCCCUCUCUAUGCAUCUAAAUUUGGAAGAUCAUCGAGUUCUGGUGCUGCUUCAAAGAGUUGGAUAACUGGACUCUUAGCUCUUCCUGCUGCUGCAGCCUACAUGGUUCAAGAUCAGGAGGUUCUUGCUGCUGAGAUGGAACGUACAUUCAUAGCUAUCAAGCCUGAUGGAGUGCAACGUGGACUGAUAUCAGAGAUUGUCUCUCGGUUCGAACGCAAGGGAUUCAAGCUUGUUGGUAUCAAGGUCGUUGUUCCUUCCAAAGAUUUCGCACAGAAGCAUUACCAUGUUCUCAUGGAAAGACCUUUCUUCAAUGGCUUAGCUCUGGUCCUGUUAUUUGCCAUGGUUUGGGAAGGAGAAGGUGUGAUCAGAUACGGACGUAAACUGAUUGGAGCCACCGAUCCUCAGAAAUCUGAGCCUGGGACUAUCCGUGGAGAUCUUGCAGUUGUUGUUGGGAGGAACAUAAUCCAUGGAAGUGAUGGACCAGAGACUGCAAAAGACGAGAUCAACCUGUGGUUUAAGCCUCAAGAACUCGUCUCUUACACUAAUAACGCUGAAAAGUGGAUCUAUGGCGACAACUAGUUCCGUCCAUUCUCUUGUGCCUUUUCUUUUUCUUUACCCAAGCCAAUCAAUACAAACACAUCUCCGGUGAACUCUGUAAUCAGAGCAGAAGUAAUAUAAUACAUUAUAUGGGAUGAUUUGAGUUUUGAAGUUUUUCUUUUGUUGGACCUAAGUAAGCACUGAAUAGUGAAUACAAAUAUGAGUUUUAGA